CCCGGUUGCCCUGGCUACGCGGCUGCGGCUGGGUCUCUCGGGAGUUCCUGGGGCUGCAGCAGACGGAAGGACGGACGGACCAGUGCGGGCUGGGGUUACUCAUGACUAUACACUGCGCCACCCUCGCCACACCGAGUCUGUGCCGUGGAGGUGUAGAGCUUUGUACUCUGCCUUGUUGCGAAAUUCUUCCCCCUGGCCGUGCGGUUCCGGUGCGACGCUGUACGUCAAUCCCGACGCUAACUUAAGUCGCUCUCGCUGUAAUGGAAAAGUAUGAAAAGCUGGCUAAGAUUGGAGAAGGGUCUUACGGGGUUGUCUUCAAGUGCAGAAACAAGUCGUCUGGACAAGUGGUAGCUAUCAAAAAAUUCGUGGAAUCCGAAGACGAUCCGGUUGUUAAGAAAAUAGCGCUGAGAGAAAUCCGGAUGCUGAAGCAGUUGAAACACCCAAACCUUGUGAACCUCAUCGAGGUGUUCAGAAGAAAGAGAAAGAUGCACCUAGUUUUCGAGUACUGUGAUCACACGCUGUUACACGAACUGGAGAGAAACCCAAACGGCGUUCCUGAUGGAGUCAUCAAAAGCGUGCUGUGGCAAACCCUUGAAGCCCUUAACUUCUGCCACAAACAUAACUGUAUUCAUCGGGACGUAAAACCCGAAAACAUCCUAAUAACCAAGCAAGGAAUGAUCAAGAUUUGUGACUUUGGAUUCGCACGAAUUCUGAUUCCAGGAGACGCCUACACAGACUACGUUGCCACCAGGUGGUACCGAGCCCCUGAACUGCUGGUGGGAGACACGAAGUACGGUUCCUCCGUGGACAUGUGGGCCGUCGGCUGUGUUUUUGCAGAGCUUCUGACGGGUCAGCCACUGUGGCCAGGAAAAUCAGAUGUGGACCAGCUCUAUUUGAUCAUCAGGACACUGGGAAAGCUCAUCCCAAGACAUCAGUCUAUCUUCAAAAGUAACCAGUUUUUCCGUGGCAUCAGCAUACCUGAACCAGAAGACAUGGAAACUCUUGAAGAAAAAUUCUCGAAUGUUCAGCCUGUGGCUUUAAAUUUCAUGAAGGGCUGUCUGAAGAUGAACCCAGACGACAGGCUGACCUGCGCCCAGCUGCUGGACAGCGCCUACUUCGACUCUUUUCGAGAGGAGCAGAUGAAAAGGAAAGCCCGCAGCGAGGGAAGAAGCAGGAGGCGUCAGCAGAAUCAACUGUUGCCUCUUAUACCUGGAAGCUACAUCUCCCCCACACCUGAUGGAAGAAAACAAGUCCUCCAGUUAAAAUUUGACCAUCUCCCUAACAUUUAGGGAACGUGUUCCUCCCGGUGCGUUCACUUAAUAUGUAGAUAUUUUUGUACGAGAUAGGAAUCCUCAGUGUUUCCAACGCAAACGAGCAGUGUGAAAAUGAAGGUACCUCCGAGAACCGAUUCGCUCUGAGGAUUCUGAUUCCUGUGCCUUCUCCACGCCAACUCCGUCUCCUAGAACAGUCUCUUUAAAUGCCGUAAUGCCAAAACGGCACACACAGGGAGGAGACGCUUUCAAUUCCAACAGAGUUGUACUUCUUAGACGCUGCGACUCUGUGGGCUGACGCUUCGGUUUAGGGGAAGAUUUCCAUGCGUCAUCUCUCUUCAGCUGACACUGUAACAUCCUGAGUAGAAGCAGAUCUGCUGGCUGCUGUCGACAGAGGGGACGACAUUGAGCUGCCACACUGGAAUGUCUUCUCAGGGGAGCCCGGUCUUUCUUUAUUCUGCAUUUACGUUGCUGUAGCAUGGUGAUCGUGAAAGGUGGUCUAGGUUUACUUACCUCUUGACUCAGGGGACACUCUGCUCUCCCUCUCUCUUUCACAUGAGACAUUGAUGAGUCUACUUUUACAGCGAGUUAGAGAAAAUUCCAUACACGACCCAUAGCGGACAGACUACAAGGAAUCACCCACCACAUGACAGUUAUGCCCCCAAAUCACUGGCUGCCCACUCUAAGGCCGUCCCUGGGGCACCAUGCUUUCUUUUUCUUUUUCUUCUUUUUUAAUCUACUUGGGGGGGGAGGGGCUUAUGUGGAAGUCAAAGGCCUCACUCCCUGGAGGCCAGCCUGGUCUAUAUGGCAAGACCGUGUCUUAUCACCUACUCUCUGAAAGUUGAUUGAGCCCAAUCCCUGCUGCUGGACAUAUAAAAUAUGUACAAUCCAUACAUAUGUAGAAUGCCAUUAAUGUCAUUUGUUGAAAUAGCUAAAGAUCUUGCUAGUAGUAGAAAUGUAUAAAUGUCCUUUGCCUUGGUGGGUAUCUUAGUAUUUCAUCUCUGACCUAAUUACAGUUAGAUUAAAACAUCAAAGAAUGAUUAUGUAGUCUACAUUUUAAAAGUAGGCCUGUUCUGGUUACAUUAGUUAAAAGGCUUAUGAAAGGCUGGGGAUGUGACUGAACUGAUGGAGUUUUUACCUACUAGGCAGGAAACCCUGGGUUUCAUCUCCAGCAUGGAAUAAAAUAGCUGUAGCCAUAGCUACCUGGAAUUAGACAUUCCAAGUUAGGACUGGAGAGAUGGCUCAGAGGUUAAGAGCACUGGCUGCUCUUCC